UUAAGUUGUCAAUAUUGUUUCCGCCAACAUGUUUGAGAUCUUCAGGACAAGUUCUAGUUCCGUGAUGGUUAUUGUUUUCUGUUUCUCUUCGAUUUCAUUUUCUUUUUCAUCCAUGAUGGUUAGACUGUCAGUGUCACGAUCACCUUUGAAGUAGCAAAAUGGGUCUCACCGCCGUGAUGUCGGAACACAAGCCACCCAGCGGAACGAGCAACCCAGCUACAGAAACAACGGCCUCUCCGAAUUAUGGCCCCUUUGAAUGGAGGGUCAUAGGCGCAGACGAAAUGGUUCCUCGUGGAUUCGAGUUGAGGUGCGACUUUUCAACGGGCACAAACUACGUCCAUGUGCCGCAGCGGUUUUGCCUGCCCCAAAAGAACCCAAAAUGGCAUCAGCACGUCUGUAACCUUGCCGCCUGGGGUGAGCUGGACAAACUGCGCGUGGAAUUGUCAGAUCUGAAGAAAACACCCCCAGGCGUCCUGCAUAAUGCCGUGGAGCAAGGGCACCAGAAUGUGCUAGAAUUUUUACUACAGCGCAAGGCGAAUGUGGUAGAUUUUGACGAGCACGGGCAAACGGCACUGCAUGCAGCGUGUAAAGCAGGCAACGAGCCGGUGCUGACUUUAUUGAUGAGGCAUGAACUGCGGGAGAAGGGCGCAGAUGAAAGUAAAAAUCAGUUUCACUACCUCGAAAACCAACAAGGCCGCACGCCUGAAGGCCUGUUAAUUCAACAAGAUUUGCGACCCGUGGCACGGAGGAUAACGGAAUUGACAACAGAAUGGAAUCAGAUACAGAAUCAAAAUUGCAAAAAUUGAUAGAACACCCGAAUUCAACACCGAAGAAGAACAACCUGGCAAGUUGUUGCUUCACAAACCGUUCAAAGCGAGAAAAAGGAAAGAAGGAGAUCAGAUGGAGG